AUGGAGUCGUCUAACCGGCUCUCGGCGGGAAGCAAUCUGACCCCGGAUGCGGGGAACUGCGCGGCGAACACGGCGAUCAUCGACAAGUCGAGAGCCCCAGGCGGGUGCGAGUUUGGCGGCCACGGGCGUGGUGUCCGGGGAUCGCAAUCGCAUUCGGAGCCGCCCUGGGACGCCAUGCUCCGAUUCUGGGACCCGUCGCUGGAGGCCGACUUUUGGGCUUCCCGGUGCACGGGAACGCGCCUGGUGUUCGACCUGGUGCUGAUGGCCCAGGUCCUGUUCGGAACCUGCGCCAUGUGGUUCAUGGCAUCCAGGACCAGCUGGUCGAGUGCCCUGCUGCAUGCGGAUAUGGCCUUCACCAUCGCCCUCAGGGCCGGGGCGCUGCUGCUGGCCUGGCGCCACCGUGCGGAAUACCUCUCCAACCGCUCCUUCAUAGUGGCCUUCCUGCGCCUGCAGAGCCUGGUGUACGCCUGCCGGAUGCUGUCAGUCCUCCCGCCGGAGGGCGACACCGCCGAGGCUGUGUUUGGGCACAUGGUUCAGAAGACCAUCGUCCUGCCCAACGCCGUCAUCUCCCUGGGCAUGAUGCUGCCCCUGAGGGAGCACCUCUUCGUGCAGGGCCUGGGAUGCCUGGUGUCGAUCUUUUGGGUGACGGGCAUGCACUGCCGCAGCUGGGUGGACGCGGGUGAAGGGCGGGACGCUAUUCGAAAUGCCUUUGGCGUCAUCGGGGAGACCAUUGAGUGGUGGGUGGACCGCGCCACCCUGAUCGGCCUGCCAGGAUCUUUCAGGAAUGGCGGGUCCACCUCUGGCGAGCAGCCCUCCUGUUGGUUAGUCAUGGGGUCAGUGCAGGUGGUCGGCGUGCUUGUGAUCCCAACGAUGUUGGUGUAUGCUGUGGAGGUCUCCUUGCGAUUGAAAUUCAUAUUGGACCGCACAGCCGAUGACUGUGAGCGUGAGUCCUAUGUCAAGGCGUGGAUCGGCUCCAUGGUGGUUAUGGUAUGGUGUGGUAUUGUAAUGUCCAUGGUGGGCUGGUCUGGCCUGCAGGCCAUGGAGGAACUCUGGCAGCAGGCUGGAUGGGUGGGAUUGUUUCAAGAGGGGAGCUUUGCAUGCUGA